AUGGCGGCAGAAAGCGGAGGUGGAGAACUUUUAAAAGUUCUUGGAGAAUAUGGAGUUUUCCUUGUUGAAAUGGGCUCUCUAAAAGAUAUCUACGGCGCUGUAAGAGCAUCUUCUAGGAUUAAGUACAAUUGUCUGUCUGUUGGUAAGAAGUUCAUUGCUGUUGGGGCUUCUUCAGGAGGGUUGUAUUUGUACUAUAGAAAAACUUUGGAGUAUUUUAGGUUGAUUGCUACCAAGGAUGGUCAAAUAACGAAAGUCUGCUUUGCUAAAGAAAAGAACUAUCUAGGCUUUGCAACCAGUACUGGAAUUGUUAUGGUUGUCGAUAUUGGAUCAAAGACUAGAGACAAACCCAAAUACCUACGUCGAUCAGAGGAGCACAARGGUGUAUCAGUAACAUGUUUAUGUUGGGACGAUAACGAUAGCAGGCUGUUUGCCGGCGAUGACCAGGGUGUSGUCAGUGCAUUAUAUCUCCCYGUCAAGUAUGGUGCCAAUCCAAACCACAGCAAAAGAAGUUUAAUUAACCAUGGYACAGGAAUUGUGGGCAAGAGUGAGACAGCCAUCAAUCAAAUUGAUUAUGCUGUUGAAAAACUUCUGGUAUCAACAAUGACGAAAACAGCUGUACUUGACUUGCCAACUCUUCAGUGUUGGUUAGUUGGCUCAAAACCAAGAGAAGGCACCUUUGGAGCUUGUUUUCUUCAACAAUUCAAUCAAUACAAUGCCACUAUCUAUACAGCACGGCCAGGAUCAAGACUGUGGGAGGCAAGCAUGGAUGGACAAGUCAUAUCUACUCAGCAAUAUAAGCAUCUGUUAGCUGUGCCGUCGUCCCCUGUGUUGGGCUAUAGUCAUGAUGCUGUUGUUCCUCAAUCAAAUGAAGAAGAAUGUAAA